CGCGAUCAGCCAGUCGCUCCUCGAGCGUCAAAGUAAGAGGAGUCGUAACAAAUACCCAAUUUAAUACUGAAGGAUACAUAUACAUACCCAUUUGGCAGCGUAUAUAAAACGAGAGAGAGGGCCAUAAGUGUACGCAAUACGUGUGAUAAUAAUUAUACAUUCCGCGAGAGCACGUAAGAAAGAAAAACAAAACAAAAAAAAAAAAAAAUAUGGCAGCCUCGCGCCUCUUCGCCAAGACGAGGCCCUGCCUUUUGCUGCUGGCUGUGGCGUGUUUGGGCAUUGACUCGGCCCUGGGACAGGUCCAGCUGCCCUGGACCAACGUCGAGCCGAGCUACGUGCCUCGGGUUUACGUGCAGCGAGGCCUCAACUUUCUCAAUGACAUAGCGCCCAAUGGGCACACUUACAAGCACGGCAGUCUCGUCGCGGCGCAGAUUGUGAUGUCCUCUACGAAUCACAAAAUGUACCGACUGACGUUCAAUCUGGAGCCGGUGUGCAAGGGCAUUGGCGAAACCUGUCCCCGCGAGAGCUGCACCUUGGACGCGUACAUCACCGACUCGGAGUACUAUCAGCCACCGAUCGUCAACCGAGACAGCGUGCAGUGUCACGACUUGCCAGCCAAAAAGGAACAACAGCCAGCCGGCGUCGAUAGCUUGGACAAACCGACGGCGACCAGCCUGGAUAGCGAGGUCCAAAUGUCCGCGGACCACAACGACCGGCCCUUUGUCGCCGUUAAGGCCACCCAGUCCGACUACUGUCCCAAUUGUCCUUACGAGCUGAAUACCUCGCUGCCCGGGCUCUCUGCGUUUGGUGAUCAGGUGCUCCAAUCCAUGGACGAGGCUGGUGUUAGUGACUUUAAGCACAAGCUCAUCAGCAUCGUCCGGGUCACUCGCACCGUACCUUUGAGCUCGAGCGUCAUCCGCUAUCACCUCCUCAUCGAGAUCGGCGAGUCGACUUGCCUGAGAACAUCGCACAUCGAGGUGUCCGAGUGUUCGCUACAGUCAAACCUGCCCAUCAAGCUCUGCCUGGUGACCUUCGAGGAGCGUCCCUGGCAGACCGGUAGCCGGCGCAUCACCAAGAACAACUGCACAGACUCGCUACUCGACAACGACAACGAGGUCAGCGCGAGCGUCGAUCCAUCGACGGGUUUCUCGUUUGAGGCGCCAACCGGAGCUACUAGUCAAAAUCGCGAUGACGCCGAGUCAACCAAGACCGAGAUCUACGACCAAAUAGCCCAGGAGGCGCAGGAAGUUUUUCGCGUACCCAGUAUGGAACUAUCGACUUCGAAAGGUGCAGUCAUCGAGGAACUGCCGCACACGAGAGUGGUCCUGGUUGGGGUGACUGGUGAACAAAGCGAGCCUUCCGUCAAGUUUGGCGAGGACAAAAUGAAGGAAUUCGACAAGUUCCUCGAGGACUUUGAGCUGCCAGUCAAAACCGAGACGACCAGCCCCAAGCCUGACUUGGGUGUACCCGUGAAGGAAGAGAUCAUCGUGAAGGAGCACGUCGAGGAUAAGGCUGAUAACGAGACCUUGGAGGCAAGCGAGGAGGGUCAGAAGUCGCUGAAACCGGUGUUGCUUCCAACCGUCGAGUCAAGGCGAUCGAAGAGAUCCACAAAGGUGCUGGAUAACAACAAGGCUGGACUUCGCAAGCUGGCGGUCAAGGUCGUCGAGAUGAUUGACGAGCUUGACGAGGACAAUAAAAAGAAGCACCUGGUCGACGUGACCGGCGAAAGCGUUAGAGAGUCGCACGGAAUCGUGUAUCACCUGACCGUCGAAGUCGAGGCCACCGACUGCAGGGAGGCAGAAGUAUCGACCGAGUGUCUGGACGAAGUCAUACCGGGGCCGCAUCAGAUCUGCAAGUGCGUCGUAGCCACCAGCGAGAAAAAGCCUCUAAUGGCACCCAAGCUGUUGCACUACAGCUGCAAGUACAAGGACGAGCCGGAGACUCGACCGAGAAGAGAGGCGCUUGUUGGACAGCCACAAGCUUUUGACACGAACGAUCCGGAGAUUAAAAAAUAUGUAGAGCUCGGGCGCCAGAAAUACUCCCAGCAAUUGCAGGGAAUCCAAGAGCCAAUCGUCAGCCAAGUGAAGAAUGUGACGCGUCAAGUAGUAGCCGGCUAUUUGUAUAAAAUCGUGGUUGACAUAGGCUUAAGUACUUGCGAGAAGGGCCAAACCGAGAAGUGCGAGCUGAAGGCCGACGAGGUACUCAAGGAGUGCACCAUCGAGGCGUGGACCAGAGCUUGGAUAAACAAUGGAGAGCCCGAAAUCAAAAUUAAAUGCACCGAAGGCAGAAAAAAGCGAUCGCUCAGGGGUCAGAAUUACAGUGCGAAAAUGCUCGGGCAGGCCAAACAGCUGAAGGAAGAGAAACUGUUUCACGAGUUCAUCUCCAAGUAUGAGAAACAGUACGCGAACGACGAGGAAAAGGAGAAGCGCUUUAAGAUCUUCAAAGAGAAUUUGGACCUGAUAGAGGAGCUACAGAGAAACGAGCGGGGCACCGGGCGCUACGGCGUUACCAUGUUUGCCGAUCUUACCAAAGCCGAGUUCAAAGCCAAGUAUCUGGGACUUAAGCCAUCGCUGAGAUCGGACAACGACAUUCCCCUACCAAUGGCCGAGAUCCCCAAUAUCGAGAUACCUGCCGAAUACGACUGGAGGCACUACAACGUCGUCACGCCGGUGAAAAAUCAAGGCCAGUGCGGCUCCUGUUGGGCAUUCUCAGUGACCGGCAACGUGGAAGGCCAGUACGCCAUAAAACACGGCCAGCUGAUGUCGUUCUCGGAGCAGGAGCUCAUUGACUGCGACAAGUUGGACAGUGGCUGCAACGGAGGCCUGCCGGAUACAGCGUACAGAGCUAUCGAGGAAUUGGGAGGCCUGGAAACAGAAACGGACUAUCCCUACGAGGCGGAGAACGAGGCGUGCCACUUUAGCAAAGGCAAGGCCAAGGUGACGAUUGUCUCGGGAUUAAACAUUACCAGCAACGAGACCCAAAUGGCACAGUGGCUGGUGAAAAAUGGCCCGAUGUCCAUUGGCAUCAAUGCCAACGCCAUGCAGUUCUACAUUGGAGGAGUCUCGCAUCCUUUCCACUUCCUCUGCAGUCCCAGCGAUCUAGACCACGGUGUUCUGAUUGUUGGCUACGGAAUCAAAACUUACCCAAUCUUCAAUAAAACUUUGCCUUAUUGGCUGAUCAAGAACAGCUGGGGUCCGCAUUGGGGUGAGCGAGGGUACUACAGAGUUUACAGAGGAGAUGGAUCUUGCGGAGUUAAUCAGAUGGUCACAAGUGCAGUUGUCGCUUAAUGGAUUAUUAAUUUCAGAAUUAAUAAGCUCAAUUUGGUUACCUUUGAUUACGAGUUCACCAUUGAAAUUUAUAAUGUGAAAGAUCGAUGAUCUUUAAAUCGAAUUCAUAACAAAUAGUAACAUGCAUAUAAUAAUGUUGAAUAGAUCAUCUAUCAACAUCGAAUCGUCUUCAAACGAAAUUAGUCAAUAAGUGAGAUUAAAAAUUUUUUGUACAAGAAACAACUAAUAUAUAUACAUAUAUAUACACAUAGAUAUACUUAACUUGAGUCACGAAUAUAAUACAUGCGAAACAAUAGUAGAAACAAAAAGUGAGUAUGAUUCCACAUGUACAUGUUUACUUUCCAAUGAGAUUUUCUUUUGCAUUCUGACGAAACGUUUGUAAUGCGAUAAGAGCGGUUUAAUGUAAGUUUUAUUAUCUGUAUAAAACUGUAACAUAUGCAUAUUAUUGUUGCUCUUUUAAAAAAGAAAUUAUAACUUUACAUUUUUUACUAAUAAAAUAAAAAAAGUGUGCCAAACAAAAAAAUUAACGCAUUUAUAAUUUAACAUUGUAAAAUUGUGACAAGUUAAAGCAAACAAAAGAUGAACUGAUGAAUUUUCUUGUGAUAUUAGGAAAGACUGGACUUUUAAUUUAAACAAAUAAUGAUUUUACAGAUUGAAAAACAGUUUAUUCAGUUAUCCAUAAAAUUAAUUCAUAAUACAAUUACACGAAGACUAUACACGAACUUUGACUUGUUAAUUAUUAAAUCAAAAUAGGUAUUGCGAGUCGCAAAACUAAAUAGAAAAUACGCGAUUGUAAUGAUGAAUAAGCAUGGGUAAUGGGAAAUAAUUGUCUGAAUUAAAAGUUAUUAAACUGACUUAAAUCUUUUAUUUAUUCUAAUUAUCGCAACACUGACCAAAUGUGUGUGUCUUUACAGAAUAAAUCAACUAAACCAAGUGGAAAUAAUUGCAACCCACUUUUAAUGCAAACGCUGUCAAAUUCUAAUUUUACAGGUGACUGUAUGUUAGUGCACUAUCUCACAUGCACAUUAUUUAAACUCCGAGAUGAGUUAACUAUAUAGUGACACUUAACUUAUUAUUUGUGGACUCUAGUAAUUUUUCAAUUUUAAAACUGUUUUUCUCCACUUUAACUAUCUCAGUUUGUAAAAAAGUUGUAGAAAACAAAAUAAGAAAGAAUUAAGUUUUGUCACAUCUUACGCAACCGAAAGAACAAAUAAAAUCGUGAGUGUGAAUGCCGAUCAGUCAAAAGUUGAAAAAUUUACAUUCCGCUUAAUUUGUUAAAUAUUAUGUACCAUUUAUAAUGAAAAUAUACAUAGACUCAUGGCAUCGACGUACCGACUUUGGUUACGAAAACCGACGAUCCCUCUAAAUCGACA